AUGAGAUACAAAGAUAACUGCAUUGAAGAAGACAUCUUUGUCAUUCCAGGAAACUGUGCACCACUCUUAAGCUUCACAGCAGCAUCCAACCUGGGGCUUGUCCAGAUCACAUACCAAGUUAAUGAGUAUCAAGGUGACAAGUCAAUCGUGGAAGCAUUCCCCAAGUUGUUUAGUGGAGUUGGAAAGCUCAAAAACCACCACAUUCAUCUUUUUGUGGACUACACUGUCCCACCAGUUGCACAACCACACAGGCGUAUUCCGUUUGCCUUACGUGACGCCACAGAGAAAGAACUUGAACGCCUCCUGUCAGAAGACAUCAUUGAGCCAGCCAUAGGACCUACACCGUGGGUGUCCCCUGCGGUUAUUGUGCCUAAACCGCACCAGCCUGAUGAAAUUCGAAUCUGCAUUGACAUGCGUGUUGUGAACACUGCCAUUUAA